AUGUCAGCUGUAACAAUCUCUGGCGUAAAUUCUAUGGCUGAUGACCAGUUUGAGUGGGUGUUUGGGAAUGUCAUAGAGUUGUGUGCCGACGCCGCGGUGCAAGUAAAGAAAAAACGUCCGUUCAACAACUUAGCCGACCUUUGUGCAGCGUUCCACAAAUAUUUGGACGAUCUUAGUGUUGAAGGUAAAUUACAAAUAUUGCAAUCUCAUCCAGACCUUGCUGGACGAUUAGCCGCUCAAGGGGCACUCACAAAGGAAUCUACUGAGGAGCAGAGAAGUGCUGGUCUUCAAGACGUCACCAGUGAACAGAAGUCUAUCAUCGACUUAUGUAAUGAACGAUACAAGAAGAAAUUUGGAUUUCCAUUUAUCAUCUGUGCAAGAGAAAACAAGGUAUUAUCAAUAAUUGAAGGAUUGCAAAAGCGAUAUGAUAACACAAGGGAACAAGAAAUACAAACUGGAAUAAAUGAAGUAAAGAAGAUUUGUAAGCUAAGAAUAUUAGACAUCGUUAAAAAUUAAGGAUCUUUUAAAUAAAAUA